AUGCAACAGAGUUUUGAACAAUCUGUCAUUCAGCCCUUUACUCAGGCCUGUUAUAUGACAGACUCACAAAUACUGAAUAUAACAAAUGAAAAUGCUUUAGCCGAACUGCUUGCAAUCGCUGGCGAAAUAGACAGUACAAAAUAUUUUAGUACAGAUGAAGCUAUGUCCGAUGCACGAUUUUUGGCCGCGGUUGAAGAAACAGAGCAAUUACAAGACCUUACUACAACUGGCGCUGUGAUGACAUCAAAACAGACCGCUGAUCAUAACAGUAAUGGUGCAUACAUUUCUGAUGAUACAGACCUGUUUACAACGCCGUAUGUUAAUAAUAUCCAAACGUAUGUGCCGCCGCCAGCGCCUCGUAAGAAUGUUAUGAAAAGGAAAAUGGAUUUUAAUGCCAAGGUCAAACAGAUGGUUUGGGAUGAUGAGGAGACGCAGACUCUUGUAAUAAAUGAAACACCUAAGCGAACGAAAAAAAUAACUGUAACAGCGGACGUACACAUACCACAGACCAAAGAAAAUGUAAAAGAAAAGACAAAAAAAAUGAAAAAUUCAUCAGCCGAUGCAAUAGUGAUAAUAGAGGACUGUGAAGAGCCAAAAGCUGAGGUUCCAAGAGACAAAAUCAAGUGUCCAGCUGAAAAUAAACCAAGAAAAAAGCCAAGAACAGACAAUAAGAUUUCUAAAGUGACAAAACGUAGAAUGCCCUUGCAGAGUCUCACAAACAACACACACAAUUCAGAAAAUGAUGAGUGUUUAACGGAUAAGCAGUGUUUAAACUGCGUCGGCUUAAGAAAGGACUUGAACACACUACAACAUAAUUUUGAUAACUUUCAGCGCAAUUUCAUAAAUUGUUUCUUUCACUAUUUCACCUCUUUUAAUCUCAUGAACAAUGUUGAUGUAGAUUUUCAGCAGAAACAGGAUGAUCAUAAGACCGGGACCGCGUGACUAUCAAUGGUUGGACACGGAUUGAACUAUAGGACAGCUAGACGACUAAAAAGACUAAAAAGAUCGUACAGGCUUAUGCCAGACUUGAAUUGUACAGAGUUUUGGACGGACUGCAGGAGAGGUGUCUCUACCACGACACAGACUCUGUCAUUUUUGUUAGCAAGGAAGGUGAUAGGAAUCCAACUUUAGGUGACUAUUUAGGUGAAUUAACUAGCGAACUACCAUCAGGUACACACAUCACAGAGUUUGUAUCUGCCGGCCCCAAAACUUACGGGUACAAACUGAAUAAUGGAAAAACGAAUUUAAAAGUAAAGGGUAUAACUCUGAACUCUGCUAACACCAACAUAAUCAAUUUUGAGAGUUUAAAAGAUCUAGUGUUGGAUUACCCUUCAAAUUCUCGUGUAGACACACAAAAGAAACUUUUUAUAGAGCAGAAGUCUAUUGUCAGAAACAAGCAAUACUGGCAAAUUGAGACACGCCCGCUGAGGAAAACACAAAAGUGUGUUUACACAAAGAGACUAUUAUCACAGGACUUUACAACGCUACCUUUUGGUUACUAAUUGAGAAUCAUGGACACACGUUUGCAACACCCCUUUUCCUGUAUUUUAGCCGGUCCUUCAAAUUCUGGAAAAAGUUAUUUUGUUAGACAGCUGUUACAUCACUCUGACACGCUUCUGUCCCACAGACCUGAUAAUAUUGUUUGGUUUUAUGCCUGUUGGCAGAGAUUGUAUGAUGAACUUUUAAAGUCUUUUCCAUAUAUAAAAUUUAUAGAGGGUCUACCAAA